UACUAGCACCGUGGCAAUCAUUACAUCAUCAUCUUGGGCUAUCGGACUCCAGGAUUUCUGAUGAAGCCCUUCGUAAGCUUAACCUACACUGAUAGUGGGUCUGUUAGCAUUUAUGCUGGACUUAUUUCCGCCGUGCUCUUGCAUUUUCUAGCAUUUAAGUCUAUGCAGGUAGCCCACUUGUGCUCACGUUUACUAGCGCGUCAUGAGGAGGUCUUUAACCAAUUUUUUGUAGUUUUCUUUAGGUAGUUUCAUGCUUAGGCAUGUCACUAAUUUCAUAUCAAUUUGGCGCAGGUUCUUGCUAGACCCACCAUGCAGCUCAAUACCCCUACGCCUAAAGAAGUAGACUUAAGCAGCCGAAGUAAUUCAGCGCCCAAGACAUCUUGUACAUUUCAACAGCUCCAGGACUGGAG